AAAACGGAGCCAUAUGAGGUGAACCUGCUUUACUCGCGGUCACAGUGGAUGCAUUGUGGUGGUGCGGUGGUCAGCUAACGGUGGCAUAUUAUCUUACGAUGAUUUCAGCCAGUUCGCUGGCUAGUUAGCUAACUUGGUUUGUUACCGCAGCCUAUAGAGCAUUUAGACAGCUAGCUGUCCGAUAAGGCCGAUGUUGCUGGUGGAGGAGGGGAUGAAUUUAUUGUUUUCCAUCAUGUCGAAGUCGUCCCGUUAUUUUUAGCUAGCACUGCAGGCUAGCGCAGCUAAUAGCGGCAAGCUAAGCGUGACUAAUUUGUCUGUUGUUUGUAAAACAAUGCAAAUGGAACAGUGGCAGGACGCGGCCUCUCAGCAGGUCAAGCUGCUUACAAAUCGUCUGAAUGAACUGUUGUCCAAAGGCCUGGACCUGCUGCGCUCCGAGCUCGGUGUGGAUUUGGGACUGAAGCCUGAGCUUAUUCCGCCAUGGGUGAUCCUCUUAGCGGCAUGUACCGGGUUGGUGCUGAUGGUCUGUCUGUGGGCCUCCGCCUGCCGGACUCUUUUUAAGAAGCGACCUGCUGUAAACCCCGUGGACGACGGCAUUGAAAUAAAACGCGGUGUCAGUAAACCGGUCAAAUCUGAGGAACCGAAGAAAAAGAAGAAGAAAGCAGAAAAGGCACCCCAGGCUAAUGGGAGAGCUGUCUCUGAACCACAGGAAGAAGCCAUAGUAUCGGAAGAGAUAGUGCCACAUCACCAGCCGCUGCCACUAGAAAUCAAAACUGAAAAGGCUGCAGAGACAAAGAAGUCCAAGAAGAAGGCCAAACAGGCUGUAAAGGAGAUCAAGACAGUAACUGCAGAUGGCAAAGAACCAGAAGAAGGCACAUGGGAGACCAAGGUCAGCAACAAGGAGAGGCGUGAACAACGCAAGAAGGACAAAAGUUCUAGUGAUGGCUCAGCCAGUCCUGGUGGAGGUGACACACCUGUGAACAAUCCCCCAGAGCAGCCCAAGGUCUCUGCAGCCCCUGCGCCUGCAACUCAGAAGAAGAAAAAAGGAGAAUCAACAAAAGUGAAGGCAGAGAAGGCAGAGCCUGUUGUACCUCAAGUUAACAACAGAGAGGUGGCAGCAGUCACUGCUGGUGUGACUGACAUGGCAGUUAAGGUUCCUGCUGCUGCCAAGACAGGCCCCUGGACAACCAGCAGAGAGCCAGUGUCAUUGUGGAGAUCAGAGAUAGAUGAGUCGUGGACUGUGAUUGACAGGGGAAUGUCCACAACAGAGCUAAAUCUGUCUUUCACAGGACUGGGUGUUGGUACAGCUGAGCCCCAGCCAGUGAGUGACCUGCCCUGGCUCAGUCAGCCUAGAGUGGACGAUGAGUGGUCUGGGCUCAAUGGUGGUUCAGUCGACCCCAGCUCUGACUGGAACGCUCCUUCUGAAGCCUGGGGCAACUAUGAAGAGCCCACUCCUGAGCCCCCACCUGCUCAGGAGAGCCUCUCCCCUGAGCCUGCUAAGGUCAAUCUGCUGAUCGCAGCCGCUGACAAUGAUGAGGAUGAAAAAGACAAGGGGGAGACUGCUUCUGAUGGAGCAGCUAAAACUAAAAAGAAGAAGAAGAAGAAGAAGAAGGCUGCCGAGGAGGGAGGAGCACCUUGCCAGGGCGAGGAGCCAGAGAAGGAGGCAGCUGCACCUGCAGCCUCAGUGAAGAAGCAACCACCUGUUCAGGAGAAUAUUGCUGCCAUCCAGCCUGUCAAAACAGCUGCUGCUGAGGUGAGAGUGGAGCGACCAGUGAAGGACAACAUAUCCCUGAAACCCCCUGUCACACAAGUGCCACAGAAGCCAACUGAUGGAGAGCCCACUGCCAAGCAGAACAGCCUUCCUACUCCAACUCAACAAAAGAAACCUGAGGAGAACCAAGCGCCCAAACCAGCAAAGAAGAAGAAGGCAAGGAGAGAGACAUGAGAUCGAGUCCACUCUGCAGACCUCUGUAUGCAAAAGACUUCAUAUCCUGUUUAUGCAACACCUUUUGUGACAAGAACUUUGAACUAAGGUCUUCAUGAUGAACUUACCUUAAAACCUGUCUGGAAAAUGAAAACAACUUUUAUACACGUUGAGUGUCAGUCGGUGGAUCGUUGAAAACUGAAUCUAGAUGCAGUGCAAUCUAAUGUGAUGCGGUGUUAAUGAUUUUUAAGUAUGCAUUUGAUACUCUGAUUCUGUCUUCUAAUUCUACUGAAUCAAAUAACUGAUUGAAGGAGCUGUAUUGUAGUAAUUAGACAUAUAGAAAAAUACUGAUCAUAUUUAGAAAAUUGAUGUUGUGGUGGCUGACGAUUGGAACUGAUGGUGUAGAGAAUGGAAACAGUCAACAUACAUUAGGUCACACAACACUGGGCCAUAAUGCUGAACUGGCCUUGGCUUUGCAGUCUUUUAUUUUGCGAUGACAUUUGUGAGCCAUAGUGGUACAGUGAGCACUGAUGGGCGGAAAGAGCGAAGAGAUCGAACGCUAAUUUCACAUCAACGGUUUUGGCUCAACAGGGUGUAAACAUUUGUGGCAUAAAUGACACAUGAGCAUCAUUAGGCGCAGAAAAGGGAAUCUUGUCUGCUCUGUAUUUUUGCAUUAUUAUGUGUGACUACAACAUUUCAUUGACCUAGUCCAUCUGGUUUGUACCUUGUCUGACGUUGUACUGCGGUGUGUUGACAACUGUUUCCUUGUUGUUUUUACUAUCUGUGGCUGCUUUGUGGCUGGAGCCGUGUGGGGGCCCUCUGAUCGUAGAUGUACCAUUGCAGUGUCAUCAAUCUCUUCAUGAUUUUCCACCUGUGGUUGAUUUGGAAGUCUUCAGAAUCUUUUGUAAACCUGUUUGUAAUAAAAGUUAAAGCCAUAUGUAAAAAGACUAAAUAAAGGCCAGUUUUUCUAUA